AUGAGUAAGCGUUCGAAAGAGAAAGAAUCGGCUGAUCGAGCCAAGAAGCAUCCCGUUUCCCGGUCACUUCCCGAUCUCGAUUCUAAAGAUCGGAUUUCCACUCUAGAACGGGAAAUGGCUCGUAUAAAGAAAAAGGAAGUAAAUGCGGUUCAAUUCGAGGUAUGUGAAGAUUGUGGUGAUAUUGGACAUAGAGCAGAACAAUGUCCAACGGGGCUGAGUGAUUACACGGAGGAGGUCAACCAAGUUGGUCGAGUCAUAGAUAAUGGUGUCAAAUCACCAUCACCCCAGUUUGUUGAAGAGGUGGUGGAAGAUGCUAGUGAGGAUGAGCAUGACGAUGGUCAAACGGGUCAAAAUAAAAAUGAUUUGAAAAAGAAGAAUAGCACUCCUGCUAUGACCAACCCCGUCCCUAAGGCUAAAAAAAAGGGGUCACAGGUGGAGGUGGAGAGAAGCAUAGACGAGGAAGUGAAGAGUUUGGAGGUGCUUGCGGUUCGAGAAGCAAAACCGACAUGGACGCACCAAGUUAAAAGUUUACAGGAGAGCAUUGACACUAAAUUGAAGCCGUCUUUAGUAGAGCCUCCGGAGGUUGAGUUGAAGGCAUUGCCGAAGCAUCUCAAGUAUGCUUAUGUUGGUGAAGGCAAUACACUCCAGGUUAUUAUCGCAUCAAAUUUAACCGUGGAGCAAGAGGAAAAGUUGAUGGAGGUGUUGGUCACCAAUCAGGUACCUCAUGGAGAAGAAGGAUGCAAAACCGAGAUUAAUCCGAUGGGUGUUGUUGCUCCAAGAGUUCGAUUUGGAGAUACGGGCAAAAAGGGUAUUGAGAAUGUGGUAGCGGACCACUUGUCCCGGUUGACGGUUGAAGAAGAUCCGAAGUCCUUAGAGAUCAAUGAGUCUUUCCCAGAUGAGCACAUAAUGAAAUUAGAUAAAUUGCCAUGGUACGCCAACAUUGUCAAUUAUCUUGUUACAGGUAGGGAACGGAAACUCAAACUAUGCGAGUUGGAGGAAUUACGGGAAAUGACAUAUGAAUGCGCGUCCAAGUACAAGGAUGGGAUGAAGAAGGCGCAUGAUGGAUACAACUCGAAGCUCAAGUUCUUUCCUGGAAAGCUCCGUAGCAAAUGGAUGGGACCUUAUGUGAUCACCCGGGUCGGACAAUUGGGUGACGUUACUAUCGAAGACCCGAAGGAUGGGGUACGACAAACGGUAAAUGGUCAUCGGCUAAAACCAUUCCUUGAUGGUAACGAAAAGUUGGAGGAGAACAAAGAAUCGGUGAGCUUCGUGGUAAGCAUCCCGGUUUAUGAGGUUGAGUGA